UUGUUUUUAAUAAUAUACAAAGUAUUUAAAUAAAUAUAAUUGUUGUUCUAAAUAAUUUUGAAAUCAUAAUUCACUAGCCCUCUGAACAAUAACUCAAGCCACUAUAUGGUUACAAAUUUCAAGUGACACUCACUUAUCCACUCAAAUUUCACAUAGAAGAACAAAAUGACUACUGGUACUACUUUCUGCUUCUUCUUCUCUGCAAACCCUACCAAACCCUUCCAAUUUUGGUCCCCAAAAACCCAUCCAUCAUUUUCCAAAUCUAAUUACAACUCCUUUUCUUCCCCAAUUCCUCGUUUGGCUUCCAACAAUUUCGCCCUUUCCAAGACACUCAAUCCCGUUAUCUGUAAAAGCACUUCUACAAUCUCCACAAACACGACCCAUUACGAGUUUUCUGAUAAUUCUGAUGAGGUGGAGUUGAGAUUAGAAAUUGGGGGUCAAGAAAUUCCAAGUUCCAGAGAUGUAUUUGUGGAUGCAGAUGAGAGUUCUUUGACAAUCAGAGUAAAGCACACUGGGUCUGUUAAGACUCUCAUGGAAAAUACUUGUCUUUACGAGAAGAUAAAGCCUGGUGAAACAAUAUGGUUUAUAGACGAAGAUCAACUGGUUGUUAAUUUGAAGAAGCAAGACCCAGAUUUAAAAUGGCCUGACAUCAUGGAGUCUUGGGAGUCCCUCACUGUGGGAGUUAUGCAACUCCUAAAAGGAACAUCAAUCUACUUAGUUGGGGAUUCAACUGAAAUAAACCAAAAAAUUGCUCGAGAACUGGCAGUUGGUCUUGGGUAUACGCCUCUUAAUACAAACGAACUGAUGGAACAAUUCGCCAAGCAAACUAUUGAUUCAUGGGUGAUUGCAGAGGGGUCCGGCUCUGUUGCAGAAGCCGAAAGUGCUAUAUUAGAAAGCCUUAGCAGUCAUGUUCGUGCUGUCGUUGCGACAUUAGGAGGGCAGCAUGGUGCUGCUGGAAGGGCUGAUAAAUGGCGGCAUCUUUAUGCAGGAUUUACUGUCUGGCUGUCACAAACUGAAACCACGGAUGAAAAUUCAGCGAAAGAGGAGGCCAGGAGGCAUAUCCAAGAUGGUAGUCAAGCUUACUCUAAUUCGGAUGUGGUAAUCAAGCUUGGGGGCUGGGAUCCCGACUACUCUAAAACUGUGGCUCAGGCUUCCUUGAGUGCACUUAAACGAUUGAUUCUGUCAGAUAAGAAGCUCCCAGGUAAAAAGAGUCUAUAUAUAAGGUUGGGAUGUCGGGGUGAUUGGCCAAACAUCAGACCUCCUGGGUGGGAUCCAUCAACAGGAGCUGAAUCCUCUCCUUCAACAUUGUAGCACUGAUCAUAAUACCAAAAAAAAAAAAGGGGGAAAAAAGAAGGAAAAAAAAAAAAAAAAAAGUCAUAACAAAAUGAAUUUUGCUUUUCCAAAGCAUUUGUGAUCAUCAUCCUUGUAAAUGCAUAUAGAAAAAUCUUCAAACCCUGCCCUCAUAGGAUAGAUCACGUAAUUUUAUCGCGCGGAUUUUCCUCAAUUAUAUACUCUAAAAUCUCAUAUUCAUGUUGUCUAUGUUGUUAUCAUUAUAGAUCUUGGAAUUUUUAUUGUA